AUGGCGACUCCUUGGCCGAUGAGAAGAGACAGGUGCUCCUAUGGCUCCGCCUCCCUUACUAGAUGGUCGGCGUCCUCCUUGAUGCUCCUAUGGUUGCCGUGGGUGUUGCUAUGGCCCGCCCGAGCUGAACAAGUGGGCGGUGGGGGUCACGGAGGGAAGGCGCUCCACAGUUCCUUGUCGUCCCCUUCGUCGUCCUCCUCUUCAUCUUCUUCUUCUUCCUCCUCCUCCUCGUCCCCCUCCAGCACUUCGGUGUGGGGUUUCAACACGAGGCAGAGUGGAGGGCAGCUGGACUGGCUGCUGUCGGAGAAGGGACCUUUCCACCGAUGUCCAGAAUACACCGAGUUCAGAGAGAGGUUCCAGCAGGGAUUUUCUACCAGAUACAAGAUUUACAGGGAGUUCAGCCACUGGAAGGUGAACAGCCUGGCUACGGAGAAGAGAGAUUUCCUCAAAGCUCCAUUGCCCUUAGCGCCAGAGUUCCUACGCAACCUGCGGUUACUGGGGCGACGGCCGACCCUGCAGCAAAUCAACGAAAACCUCAUCAAGAAGUACGGGACCCACUUCCUAGUUUCUGCUACCCUGGGAGGGGAGGAGUCUUUGACCAUUUUCCUGGACAAGCAGAGGCUGAAUAAGAAGUCAGAAGGCAGCAGCAACAGCUCCGUGGUGUCUCUGGAGCUGCUCCAUCAGCUGGCAGCGUCAUACUUCACAGAUCGAGAAAGUACCCUAAGGCGACUGCACCACCUCCAGAUCGCCACUUCUGCUAUAAAGGUAACUGAAACAAGGACGGGCCCUCUCGGCUGCAGUAACUACGACAGCUUGGAUUCAGUUAGCUCGGUGUUGGUGCACAGCCCAGAAAAUAAGAUCCACCUAAAGGGCUUGCAAGAUGUCCUCCCAGAGUUCCUGCGUGGGCGUUUUGUGGAGGCAGCCCUCAGCUAUGUGGCAUGCAACUCGGAGGGCGAGUUGCUCUGCCGCAACAACGACUGCUGGUGCCGGUGCUCUCCACGCUUCCCAGAAUGCAACUGUCCCUCCGCUGACAUCAAGGUCAUGGAGGAGAACUUGGAGAAGAGCAAAGAGGCCUGGAGCAGCUUCAACCAAGAAUUCACAGAAUCAGAUGAAUUCAAAGCCUUCCUGAAGCGCUUGCCCACUGACCGGUUCUUGAAUGUGUCCAUGAUUGCCAAGUUCUGGUCGACUGACUUGUCCCUCCAGAAGCGCUACGCCCAGCUGGAGUCCAGUACUGCCCUGGUCCUCGGAAAAGCCCAAAAGAUCAUCAGGAAAUUGUUCACCCUGAGCAAACGCUGCCCCAAGCAACCUCACAUCAGCCUGCCCCGAGAAAGGCUUGUCGGGUUUUGGUUGAACAAGGCCCAGUCACUACUCUACUGCAACGAGCAUGGUGUGCUGGGUUCUUUCUCUGAGGAGGUGAGGAGCUGCAGCUGCCCCGCGGAGCAGCCCACCUGCCACGGAGUCAUUCCGUGCAUUGUGGGCACCUCCUCCACAUCCUGCGCCUCCUGUGCCAGUGAUAACGCAACCCGCUGUGGAACCUGUCACCAUGGGAACCUCCUCCAUCUCGGUUUCUGCCGACCAAGCAUCGCUGCAUCCCUGGACCACUACCUGAACUUAGACCUGGACAUGCCUGACGCUGAGGUGAAGUAUCUUCUUCAGCGACUGGACAGCAGAUUAGAGGUCCAUGCCAUCUACAUCAGCAACGACGUCCGCCUGGGAAGUUGGUUUAAUCCUGCCUGGAGGAAGCGAAUGCUGCUGACACUCAAGAGUAACAAAAAUAAAUCCAAUCUCAUCCACAUGCUGAUGGGGAUUUCUUUCCAGAUAUGUUCGACUAAGAAUUCAACACUGGAACCCGUGCCUGCCAUUUAUGUGAAUCCUUUUGGGGGAAGUCACUCGGAAAGUUGGUUCAUGCCAGUGAACCAGCCUGACUUCCCUGACUGGGAGAGAACUCGAUUGGACGCCGUCGUCACGGCACAGUGUUACAACUGGACAUUGUCUCUAGGCAACCAAUGGAAGUCCUUCUUUGAAACAGUGCACAUCUACCUGAGAAGCCGCAUUGUCACAGAUGACCCAACAGUGAAUGAAACACUCUUCUAUGAACCGUUGGACAUGGAUGACCAGACGUCCAACCUGGGGUAUAUGAAGAUCAACACGCUGAAAGUGUUUGGAUACAGCAUGCACUUUGACCCUGAGGGCAUCAAGGAUCUGAUUCUCCAGCUGGACUACCCUUACACACAGGGUACGCAGGAUGCUGCCUUUCUGAUGUUGUUGGAGAUGAGGGAUCGCGUUAACAGGCUGUCUCCACCAGCACCUCAGCCACUGGACCUGUUUUCUUGUCUGCUGCGCCAUCGGCUCAAGCUCUCAGCUGCCGAGGUGGCACGUAUCAAGGACUCUCUACAGAUCUUCAACUCCAAACUACCCAAUGCUUCUCCUGAACCUGAGCUGGCCCAGCUUUGCAGCUAA